GGACUUCCCAAGAUCUCACCCCGGGGUCUAAAAGUGAGGGGCCCGAUUGUCUCCACCACCCCAUCGUGGUUACCAAGCAGCUUAUCUCCCUCACAGUCCCCUGUGGACUGGCAAUCCCACCCCCCACCCAGCCCAACCCAAUUUUUAUGCAUUUUGAUCAAAUGCUAUAUGGAGAGAAGGUGUCAAGGACCAGAAAAGCAGACUGGGCAUGCUGGCCAGAUUGGGUGGAGUCAGAGCGGCAGCACCCCCUCCACCAGCGGGCACCCCUUCUCCGGAAGCUGACGGUGAUUGGCAAGCUUUAAUGAGGAAGGAGGGGCCAGUUUCCAUGGCGUGAACACAACAGAGUUCUGACCCUUAAGACACCUGCCCCUGCUGAGCACUUCAGAUUUCAAACAAGAUAUUGUUUUUGUCAUGGAAUUGACCAAAAUUUCGGACAUGACAAAGCUCCACCAGGCUGUGGCUGCAGGGGACUACAAUUUAGUGAGAAAGAUUUUGAAAAAAGGUCUCUGUGACCCAAACUACAAGGAUGUGGACUGGAAUGACCGAACCCCCCUUCACUGGGCGGCAAUCAAAGGGCACAUGGAGGUGAUUCAGGUCCUUCUAGAAUAUGGAGCCAGGCCCUGCCUGGUAACCGAUGUGGGCUGGACCGCAGCUCAUUUUGCAGCUGAGUCAGGCCAUGUGAACGUGCUCAAAGUUCUCCAUGGACUGCAUGCUCCCAUCGAUGCCCCCGACUUCUUUGGAGACACGCCAAAGAGGAUAGCACAGAUCUACGGGCAGACCGCCUGUGUGGCCUUUCUGGAGAAGGCUGAGCCCGAGUGCCAGGACCACCGGCGCACCGCCAGGCAGAAGGGGCUGCCUCUGGACCAGCAGGACGAAGACUGGGAUGCUAAGAAAAGGGAGCUGGAGCUGUCUCUCCCUUCCUCAAAUCGAAACACUGAUAAGAAAAUGAAUAAAACAAUUCGAGCCCCCACCAGGCCUGGCCAUAUGAAGGAGAGACGGGCGUGAGAAGGACAGCAUUCUCGGCGGCUCUAGCACGCAGGUUGGCUGCGGGGGACUGUCCCUGGACCGGAGUAGGAGUUGUGAGAUCUGUACCAUCAUUAUGUGAUGUUACUUAGAGACCGUUACCCAGAUGACUUCUUUUGGUAGCUCAGCACCUGCCAUUGGAUCUGAAGCCUUGCUGGGUGUUCUCUGCUGGAGCAGCUGCCUCCCUGCUGAGGCGCACUGUCCCCAGGAAUUGCCAGGAAUAGCCAAGCAUUUGCUGCUUGUACGUGGUCACCAGUCAUUUGUACUGUCAGCAUCCUCUGGCCCCGCUGUGUUGUUAUAGAAUUUCAGGAGGCAAUGAAAGCACUCACCCUAAGGGAACUUGAUUGUUGAGAUGAAAAACAAACAAAAAAGUAGUAAUAAAAUCUCAGAAAUUUCCUACCUACUCAGUACAGUUAAUCGGUGACAAAUAUGAUUUGUUGCCCCAUAAACGAAGCAAAGAGGUGAACAAAGGUAGCUCCCAGCUUCCAACUAUGGCUUUCCUGCGUGGGGCGGAGGGCCGCAAUCCCAGAGCGGUCAUUUCUACCAAUGACCACUUCCCCAUAGGAGUAGAGAUCGGGGCGAUAGGCCAGCUUGGUGAGCGAGAACUGGGAGCACGGGCGAGGAUUCGUUCCCUCCCACGUAACAAGCGAGGGGUAGCACGAGAACUAGGAUGUGUGAUUCCGUCUUUACUGUCUGGUGUGCGUGUUAGGAAAUCUCAGUACAGAUCAGGUUAUUUCCAGUUAAAAUGUCACAUCCAACCUGAGAUGUGCUCUCCAUGUGAAGUACGUAUCAGAUUUUGAAUACUUAGAACAAAAAAGGUAAAGUGGUUCAUUAACAAUAUUAUUGAUUAUGGGUUGAAAUGAUCAUAUUUUGGAUAAAAUAUGUCACUGGCAGGAAUUUUGCUCUCUUUCUCUCCACUUUUUAAAAUACGUGGCUGCUAGAGUGUUUAAAAUUACGUGGCUGGCUUGCCUUAUUUUUGUUUUGUUUUAUUCUGUUCUGUUCCAUUUGGGGAGGUGGUUGUUUGGGCUAUCAGAUAGUCCUGCAGUAGAAACCAGAAAAUAUUUAGAGCCUCCACCAGACAGCUGGCCUGAUAGACUCCAAUUAAUAGUUUUUCUACCUAAAUCAAUGUCUUUGGGCACCUCACAUCCUCAUUACACUUUCCUCAAUUAAUGCUUAUGUUAAUACAGGCCAUGCUUGGUUUGGAUUCUCUGAAAUGAAUAAAUGCUUGAACCUCAGGUAGAAAA